AUGAAGCUGGGCAUGACCCAGACACUCCCCUCUGACCAGCAGGAGGCCAAUGCCAACCGGCCCCUGGCUGCUGAGACAGUGGCCCUAAGUAUAAAGGGCGCCGUGCAUGCUGCUGCCAGGCCGGCCACGGUGCGCGCUCUGAGCCCAGCCGCUGCCAAAAUGAUCCCAGGCCUCCUGCUUCUGCUCUGGCUGCCGGCUAACCUGGCCCACCGUGGCACCCCACCGUGGGGGGGUCCCCACGCCCACCAGACCACACGCUGCUACUCCACUGACGAGCUGACGCUGGGCCGGCCACCUCAACACUUGUGGGCUCGAAGCGCCAAGUGGGAGCAGACCUUGCCUGUGACCCUGGUGUCCAGCCUGGAGGCGGAGAGCCACCGGAGCCGGCAUGACAGGUCGCUGGCCGGGACCCAGUGCCCAGCACUUCGGCCAGAACAGGUGUUAGAAGCAGAUAUCCAUGAGCGAUCCAUCUCACCCUGGAGAUACCGCAUCGACACGGACGAGAACCGCUACCCACAGAAGCUCGCCUUCGCAGAGUGCCUGUGCCGGGGCUGCAUCAGCGCGCGCACGGGCCGCGAGACCGCGGCGCUCAACUCCGUGCGGCUGCACCAGCGUCUCCUGGUGCUGCGCCGCCUGCCGUGCGCCCCCGACGGCGCGGGCACCCCCCAGCCCGGGGCCGCCACCUUCCGCGCCGAGUUCAUCCGCGUGCCGGUCGGCUGCACCUGCGUGCUGCCCAGGUCGACCGCGGGGUGA